AUGGAUUCCCAGAGCAGUGUUCCUUCAUCUUCAUCAUCACCAAAGAGGGUCUGGAAAUAUGAUGUGGCUACAUGUUGCAGUGAUAUGGAAACUACCUCGUUUUAUAGAAUGCUUUCGAAUGCUUUAGGAAAAGAAGGUUUCAGAAUGAUCGGCAGCGGAUGGGUUAACCCAUUAGAAAAAAUUGAAGAAUCCCAGAUUUACAUAGUUGUCUUCUCAAAAAGUUAUGUUUACUCACCAAGUUGCUUGAACACACUGGCAGUAAUGUUUGAGUGCAUGAAGGUACCGGGUCACAAAUUUCUGCCAAUUUUCUUCAACAUCGAUCCGUCUAAAGUGAAAACAUGGCUAGCUCCAUUUCAGACGCUACUGGAACGCCCAGAUUUGGUCAUACAAAACACGGAAGAUCAAAGACGAGUUAUUGGCAAAAUAGCUUUGGAGGCAAAGAGAACUUUGGUUGAAGAAAAAGAGACGGUCCUAGCAUCACCACUGGAGAUAUGGCCAUGGAGCUGUGAUGUGUUUGUAUUGAAUUUCAUAACUGAGGAAAAUUGCUCAUUUGUUGAGGAGCUUCGCAAUGCUCUAUAUAGAUGUGGUCUAGUUAUGGCUUCUCGAGAUUCUAUUGCUCGAGCUCCCUUGAACAACUACAAGCUUCGUGUUUUUAUCGUCUCAAAAAACUAUGAGGCCCAAACACCCUACUUGCAGGAACUGAACUCAUGGAGAGGCCAGUUUCUAUCAAUUUUUUUGGAGGUGGAUCCCUUUCAAGUACAUAGCGGUUUUCAUAAACUGCUUGAACAAAAGUUAGGACCAUGUUCACUUCCCAUACGAGAUUUAGUGAUUCAAGAUAAGUACGACCUUCUUCUUUACUUGUUCUAUGCGUAUAUUUAA